CGCGAAUAUAACCUCUGAAUAAAAACAAAACCGAGACGGGUUGCAAGCGAGUAAAAAACGCAUCUUGAUAUCAAAAAAAAUAUAAUAAAAGGGCCCUAGAUGGAUGUGAGAUUUUAGUUCAUUAGUACCGAUGUGAUGUGAAAAAUAUAUAAGAGAAAAAUCGAAAUUUAAUAAAUUUUUUGCCCAAAAAGGGGUUAAAAAAAAAAAUAACGUACACAACUCCUGCACGUUCCCAGCCAUGUCGUCGCUACCGUCGAUCUGGUUCCUGCUGCUCACCGUCAUCACCGCCAGCCUGCAGCAAACCAACCUUUUGGACGGCGUCAUCCGCGUGCUCGUCGACGGCGAGGACCAAUUCCGGCGCGAGCCCAAGGACAUGCCGCAGAGCAAACUGCUCAAGGAGUACGAUUUCGUGAUCGUCGGCGCCGGCACGGCCGGUUGCGUCCUGGCCAAUCGGCUCAGCGAGAAUCCCGACUGGACGGUGCUCCUCAUCGAAGCAGGUCGCAACGAAAACUUCAUGAUGGACUUCCCGAUAUUGGCCAGCUACCUGCAAUUCACCGACGCGAAUUGGAAGUACAAAACGGUGCCCAGCAACAGGUACUGCUUGGGCCUGGACAACAACCAGUGCAAUUGGCCCAGGGGCAAGGUCAUCGGAGGAUCCAGCGUGUUGAACUACAUGAUAUACACCAGGGGCAAUCGAAGGGACUACGAUCACUGGGCCAAAUUAGGAAAUACUGGAUGGUCUUGGGAUGAAGUUCUUCCGUACUUCAAAAAAGUGGAAACUUUCACCAUAAAAGAGCACAUGGACCCUCGUUGGCACAGUCAAAACGGUUUAUUAACGGUCAGUUACUCCCCGGGAAAAACACCAAUUGCCGAUGCAAUCAUAAACGCCAGCAUGCAAAUCGGAAUACCCAACGUGGAUUAUAACGCAGCUACGCAGAUCGGCGUUUCCAGGCUGCAGACGUCGAUGAAAGACGGAGUGCGCGACAGCUCCAGCAGGGCGUACUUACACCCGGCCUCAAAGAGAACGAAUUUGCACGUGAUAAAGGAAGCCAUGGCGUCCAAAAUACUGAUAGAUCCUUCGACUAAACGAGCCUACGGCGUGGAGUAUUACAGAGGCGGCAAGAAGCAAAUAAUCAGGGCUAAGAAGGAGGUGAUAUCGUCGGCGGGCGCGAUAAACUCCCCGCAAUUGCUCAUGCUGAGCGGCAUCGGCCCCAAGAAGCACCUCACCUCGUUGGGCAUCAAAGUCAUCAGCAACCUCAAAGUGGGCUACAAUCUCAUGGACCACGUAUCCACCGGAGGGAUAACUUUUAUGAUAGACAAACCCUAUUCUAUUCUAGUCGAACGGAUGUUCUCCAAGAAGAAUCUAGACUCCUAUUUGAACCACCACCAAGGCCCGUUAACGAUAGCCGGCGGUUGCGAGGUACUUGUAUUCCACGAUUUCACCAAUCCCGACGAUCCGGACGGCUAUCCAGAGAUCGAGCUGCUCUACGAGGCCGGCUCCAUAGUAUCGGACAGAACGUUCCAGAAAAACUUCGGCAUCACCGACGAGAUCUACGACGUCGUUUACCGGCCCAUCGAGCACCGCGACACCUUCAUGGUGCUGCCGAUGCUGAUGCGGCCCAAGAGCAAGGGCAAGGUCAUGCUCAAGAACGCCAACUACAAAUCCAAGCCGCUCAUUUAUCCCAAUUACUACGCCUACAAGGAGGACAUGGACGUCAUGCUGAAGGGCAUUCGGCUGGCCUUGAACAUAUCCGAGCAGCCGGCCCUUCGCGCUAUCGGCACCAAAUUGCACGAUAUACCGAUACCGCAGUGCAGCGGGCACUCGUUCGGUUCGGACGCGUACUACGAAUGCAUGGCCAGGCACUUCACGUUCACCAUCUACCACCAGAGCGGCACGUGCAAAAUGGGACCGGGCGGGGACCAGAAGGCCGUCGUCGAUCCCCGGUUGAGGGUGUACGGGGUGAACAAUCUGAGGGUCGUAGACGCUUCGAUCAUGCCCGAGAUACCGGCGGCUCACACCAAUGCACCCGUUUAUAUGAUAGCGGAAAAGGGAGCCGAUAUGAUCAAAGAAGACUGGGGAAUGGAAAUCUAAUCUGUGAUUUAAUUUUAUAUUUAUUUGAUGUGUGUUUAGAUAAGUAGGAUAAAUCUUUGCAUUCGAUUAAAUACAUAAUAAAUUCGAUCAUUUGUAGGUGUGUUUAUAAAAGUUUGCAAAGGUUUAAUAAUGAUUAAAUGGUAUUAACUGAAUGGUUGUAAUUUAAAAAAAAUGGAAAAUAGAAUAAAUAUUCAAGUGUCCUGCAGUAUUUUAUUUACCUAUAAUAAAAUUUCUAAGCAGUUGAAAUAAAAUUAGACAAUUUCGGCGAAUUUUAUGCGAUAUACGAAUAGAGAAAAUCGUA